UAUGCCGUGAUUAAAAUGUCUUCUAAAAAAAUCAUAUUCUCUGAAAAAACAAGGUACUAAAAUUAUACACAAAGACACAUGAGGGCACUCUAACCAACAAGCAUAGCAACUACAGUUUUGACACAGAAUUUAAAGUAAACUUUUUUAAAAAACUGAAGUAUGGUAUUUUAACAUUAAAUAUUUGAAAUAGGAAAUUUCUGAUGUCUUUUGGUAAAGACCUUGGGAUUUUGAUGUCUAUCCUUGGUCACUAUACUUACCUUCUGUUUGAGUCAGGAUCUUGUCUGAGUAUUUGUGUGGAAUUAAGUUUACUUCUGAAAUGCAAAAUGACACUAUUCUAAUGGUAUUAGAUUACAGAGGGUGCUUUAACCUCAUCCUGGAGAGAAGCCAUUUUGAAAAGCAUUUAUGUACACUUUAUAUACAAUUAAGGUGGUAAUUAAAAGUCUUAAGUAGUAGGGUGGCCACAAAAUACUUUUGUAACACUUUCCUUUGGCCAGUAUGUAUUGCUUUCAUGUGCUUUAAAAUAUCUCAAUUACCUUUCUAGGCAAAAAAACAAUCAAAGAAUGAUAAAUCUCGGGCCUUUAACUAUUUGUAUCAAAUUUCAUUUUUUAGACAAAGGUACUGUCCACCAUCAAGUCUUACUUGUAGUUCCACUGGACAACCGUGAUUAGAAAAGCUCCUGAGACAAAAUUCCAAGAAAAUCUGAUAUAAAUGAGCAACAAUUCAACAUGUAUUCAACCAUCCAGGAUCUCUUCCCUGGCUUUGCCAAUCAUUUACACCUUCCUCUGCAUCAUUGGUCUCUUUGGAAAUUCUCUCUCUCAGUGGGUAUUUUUAACAAAGAUAGGCAAGAAAACAUCAACGCACAUCUACCUAGCACAUCUUGUGACUGCAAACUUACUUGUGUGCAGUGCUAUGCCUUUCAUGGGUAUCUAUUUCCUAAAAGGUUCUCAAUGGGAGUAUCGAUCUGCACAAUGCACAGUGGUCAAUUUUUUGGGAACUCUAUCCAUGCAUGUAAGUAUGUUUGUUAGCCUCUUAAUUUUAAGUUGGAUUGCCAUAAGCCGCUAUGCUACCUUAAUGAAAAAGGACUCAGUACAAGAGACCACUUCGUGCUACGAGAAAGUAUUUUAUGGCCAUUUACUGAAAAAAUUUCGCCAGCCCAACUUUGCUAGAAAACUGUGUGUUUACAUAUGGGGAGUUGUACUAGGCAUAAUUAUGCCAGUUAUCAUAUACUACUCAGUUGUAGAGGCUACAGAAGGAGAGGAGAAUGUAUGCUAUAACCGGCAGACGGAACUAGGAGCCAUGAUCUCGCAGACUGCGGGCCUCAUUGGAACCACAUUUAUCGGAUUUUCCUUUUUAGUCGUACUAACAUCAUAUUACUCUUUUGUCAGCCAUCUGAGAAAAAUAAGGACCUGUACAUCCAUUACGGAGAAAGAUCUGACUUACAGUUCUGUGAAAAGGCACCUUUUGGUCAUCCAGAUUCUACUAAUAGUUUGCUUCCUUCCAUACAGCAUUUUUAAACCCAUUUUUUAUGUUCUACACCAAAGUGAGAACUGUCAGCGACUGAAUUAUUUAAUUGAAAUUAAAAAUGUCCUCACCUGUCUUGCAUCAGCUAGAAGUAGCACAGACCCCAUUAUAUUUCUUUUUUUAGAUAAAACGUUCAAAAAGACACUAUAUAAUCUCUUUACAAAAUCGGAAUCCCCACAUAUACAAGCCUAUAGUUGACUUCUGAAUAGAAAACACCACCAAACAGAAAAGUGUUUAUAUGGCUACUAGGGAUAUUGAACACCAUGAUCAACAGGUCACAGCUUGCUUGAAAGCAGGCAGUAGGAAAACCUCUUCGGUUUUAUAAAUAAUCAUAAAAUUCAUUUUACAGCUCUACUAAUACUACAAGUUGAGAUGGCAGAGCCUCUCAGAGGCAAAAGUCAAGCAUAUUAAAAGGAUCUCACUGCAUAUGAAAGCAAAAGACCAUUUUCUCUUUAAACGCAACUGUGUAUGCUUUUCUUUAAAACACAACAGGUCAUGACUGCAGGAUAAAGCAGCAAAUGGUUUGUAACUUUUCUGCUUUCUAGUAGUUUCAGUGUAAGGGCCCAUCUAUGGCUAGUGUUUUUUGGUAACUUUAAAAAUGAGUAAAAGAAAAAAAGUGAAUCAGAAAUUAUGUCGCUCAAGUCCUAUCCAGAUGUAUGAAUAGCAGAGUGUAAAAAUCCAAGGUUUUAUAAAGGCAUUAUCUUGUAUCAUCUGCUUAUGUUACUGGGAGAAGCAAUAUUCAUUGAUUCCCAUAUUUAUUAAGCCAGUGUUUUUAUAAAUAUAUUUGAAUAUUUGGAUUAAGUUUGGUCAAAAUAAAGAGCGAAUAUGAUGUCAUUAUAUGCCUAUCUUCAUCACAUUUUGUAAAUUUCCCUCUGUAUUCAAUAUAAAUAAUGUAAUUAAUGACAAAUGGUAUCUGGCAUGCAGAUAUGUCCAAUUAAUUUUUGUGCAAAUAAAUGAAUGAAUAGUAAGGGCA